AUGGAGAACCAACAAAAAACGAAGUUAAACAUCAAACAGCGCUUUUCCUAUGGCCUCGGGAACAUUCUGAACGAAAUUCUCCUUUAUAUGUACCUUUCUUUUUCCAUCAUAUUUUUGAUGCAAGUGAUUGGUUUAUCCGCAUCCCAAGCCGGAUUGGCUAUGCUUAUUGGACAAAUAACUGACGCCUUUACCUCUCCAAUAACUGGUUUCUUGGGCGACCGUGUGCAAAUUCCAUUUAUUUCCAAAAAGCUGGGUCAAAGGAAGUCGUGGCACUUAGUGGGAACAGUUAUGAUGGCCGGUGGACUUCCUCUUCUGUUCAAUCGGUGUUUGGUAUGCAACGAUUAUCAGGGUGUCAGUUGGUUGCAACCUUUUUACUAUUAUUGUGUCAUGGUUAUUAUAAAUGUGGCAACCAACAUUUUGGAGAUCAAUCAUCUUUCAAUCACCUUCACUGCAGCUGGGACAGUGCAAGAAGGCGCAGCGUUAACUGCUAUAAGGUUACAGCAAUAACACUAUUUUUUUUGUUCACAAUUUCUUGAAUGUGUUGUUUUAGAUUCUGUUCUCUAACUGAAUUGAUCUCACUAGUGGUUGUGAAUGUAUAUUGAUAACCAACGAAGCUAAAACUGAAGGGUGCACAUUUUUGCCUCUGCUUUUUUUAUUUUUCAAAUCUGUUUUUCUUUUUCGCUUUGAAUCUCAAAUGGCACCUGAUGUGACAGGCUACCAUAACGUCAGUGAGUAAGUUCGGUUCAAGAUAUUUAAACCCAAACGUGGUACAUAGGAAUAAAGAUACCCUCAUCCCCAAUUUAUGAGGCAAGAGUCGACCCUUUGUUUUUUUUUUUCUGAUAUAGGACAGUCCUUAGUUUCGUUAGUGGAAUAUACGUUUAUGUGGUUGCCUGGGGACUGCUUGGUCAGGAUGGCGGAGACGAUCUGGGGACGGAAAAUGUAACACAGUUUGCGGUAAGUACCUAAAUAAAGUGACAAUAUGGAAAUUGCAUUAAUGAACAGAGCAAUCUAACUGAUUGGAUUUAUGAUGAUGAUGAUGAUGAUGAUGAUGAUGAUGAUGAUGAUGAAAUUGAAUUCAUAAUACCAUAUUGCUCCGGCGCCCAACCAAACACACGUUUUUUAUGGUGCCUGCAUGCUUUUUGACAACUAGCUAGUGGAGCAGGUGUAAUUCAUUUUUAAAAAAAAUUAAAAACGUUUUCCUAGAGUAUUCUUGGGUAUGUAUCAGCAAUAAAAGUUUAAAUUGAAAUAACACUAUAUUUAAGUUUAAAAAAAUCGUAUUAAAUUAUUUUCAAAUGUUUAUAUUUCUUUCCCUUUCGACGCAGCAUCUUGUAUGGAUUGUCACUGGUACAGGAGUAGUCUUUGCAGUCAUUUUUUAUAUUGGAACAGAGGAACCAGCCGUAAGCCCUCUAAGAAAGAUCAGCACACUCAUGGAUCCAGUGGUAUGAAGCAAUAUAAGAUAUCGAUUGCGCUGUCCUCGACGACUAGCCAAUUUUCUUAGACCGUGGACGAUUCGCAACCACGAUUUUUAUCGCUAUUGACUCAGAGCCCAUUUGAGCUCGAGGAAUAAUUGUUACAUGCCUAGUGCGGUUGCAGUUUGUAGUAAUCAUCGCACUUUAUAUUACCUGUAACUAAGUCCGAUCACAUGUCACAAUUCGCCACAAAGCCGUGUAGCACUUGGUAAUAGAAAAAUGUCCACUUUGACACCUCUCCCCAGGAUGCCCAUCUCUCUUUGUUACAAAAUAUCACCGUACCUUAUAGACUUCAAGUUUCUACCAAUUAAUCAAAUACCUACUCUUGCGUGUCGGCAAGUGUAAAUAUCUAAGUUUUUGUCACUUCGACCAUGAAUUGUCUCCAGAAGAGUUUCACAGUGAUGGCAAUUUUGUGACAUGAAUAAAUCGUUUUUAUCUUUGGCCAGAACGGUGAAGGAUUAUUUCAGGCUAGCCAGUCUGUUUAUUCAAUGGUCUUCGAACAAGUUGAUGGUGAGUUGAAUGAAAUGGAUUACUCUACCUUUAGUUCUAACCUUUCUGCUUUACUUUCACCUCGCAGUGUACGUUGAUACAUAAGCAACGUUAAUAUUAGCAUAUUGAGGUCUAAUUUGUCGGUAAAAGGAGACUUUGUCAAUGUAACGAUACCUAAGAUGGAGCUCAAACUCGUACAUCAGCAGGGCCAAUUUUUUUAGCUACUUUUACAAGUGUAAUUUACAAGUGUUUCUAUUGUUUUCAUACUCUUAAACAAUAGCUACGCUUGUAAAUCACUUUAACUGCUUACAGUAUGUUCAUUGUUACACGUCACAAGUAACAACCGAGUAAGGGUCUGGGCUCUUUAGUUUCUUACGUGCGCGGGCAGAUGCUGUGAAAGCAGCGAAAACGCUCUUACGAUAAUCCUGCCUUCUCGAUCAAUUCCUUGCGACAAGAAGUAGACGAUAAAGUCUACCAAGAAAGAAUAGCUCCCAUUAUGGCCUCCUGACCUGGAGGGAUCCUGAAAAGAAAAAGAUAUUCAAAAGAAUAUAUAACAUCACGGGCCAACAUUGGGUAAUAUUGGACGGUAAUAUGAAGGAAAGAGGGGGGAUGACUUUUUACGUCUUUCAGUUAAUAGGCACUCAGUAGUUGAACACGAUAUCUUUGUAUCAGUAAUAAGACGAAAGACUGCUGGUCCUGUUAAUAAGGUAUAGCGAAAACUGAAUUUUUUAAAAUAAUUUCUUUGAAGAUGCCAAGAGGAAAACUUCGACCAUAGUCCAUUCCCUUGUUGACAUUUUUAUGUCUUCGGUGGAAAACACGGAAGUUGUCGAUAAAGCAACAACUGCUACAGCAGCGUCUAAAAAGAUAAGUGUGGUGCAACGAUUUGUGGAAGCUCUCUUUUCUAACGGCGAUGGAAACAGUCAUGAAGAUUCAGAAGACAAACUUCAAUUUUCUGAAGUCACAUCAGGAGCGUCAAGUAAUCAAGAGACACCAGGAGGCGGUAUGUACUAAAAUGGUAUUUGCGUUAUUGUUUUAACAUUAUCUAUGAGCAGGUAUAGCGUUCCUGGCUUUAAAUGUAAAAAUUCAUGAUGUUCGAUGGAUGUAUCAUCAACAUUAAGUUGAAUUGAGGUAAAUAAAUGUGACAUUUCCUUAUUUAAAUUAUGGUAUCUGUGCAUGGGGCAACUGUCCACAGACCUACCUCAAUAAGAUACUUGUUCUGCAAAAACGUGCUCUGCGUUUGAUUUAUUUUUCUAAACCCAGAGAGCAUGCAAUCCCUUUUUUUAUUGAAUCAAACUGCCUUCCUUUGCAGUCUUUGUUCUUUCAACAGUUAAGCUAUUUAAUGUAUGACGUUCAUGCUAAGACAGCUCCUAAAAGUCUUCUCGAUAAGUUUGCGAAAAUCAAUACAGAACAUCAUUAUAAUACGCGAUUAUCUGCAAAAGAAUGCUUCUCUGUCAAAUUCUCUAGAACUGAAAAAAUGAAAAAAUCUUUUACUAGAAUCGGUGUGUCUAUUCUGAAUUCUAUUCCACUUUCUGUUAAGACUCUCAACGUUUCUAAUUUUCGUAAAAAAAUUAAAUCACUACUCCUUAAUGUUCUAGGUAAUGAAGAUAAUUAUUUGAAUGUUAAUUUUUUAAUAGAAUAUUUUGUGAAGUUAACCUGAUAUGUUGUAUAUACCUCCAGUUGUAAUUUUAGUCUUUUUCAAAUAACAAAAUCCCUUGUACUUGAAUUUAUAUGUAAGGUGUUUCUUUCUGUAUGUUUUUGUAUUUCUUCUUUUCUUUUUUCUUAUGUAAUUUAAUAACGCCUUUAGUUAAAGUCUUGUCCUGCCUAGAUUAGCAUUGUAGCUAUUUGCAGGACAUGGAGUAUUGUAAACUUUAUAUUUCUUUAAAUAAAUACAUUGUUGUUGUUUGUUGUUGUUGGAACCUCCGCUUAGCGGUGAUUAAAACCGUGACAGCGGUCACACGUACGGUGAUAUUCUAUUUAACUAAUUAAAAAUAACAUGAAAUAAAAUGCAAAUCAAGUAGUCCUAGUGAGAUUAAGAAAACAUUUGGGCAUAAUUUAUUAGGGAUGAAAAUCCUCAGGCGUUCUGGUAGUUUAAGCGAAAUGACGUCAUUGUACGAAUGUCCUGUUGUCAUUUCUCCUGUAGAUCUGAUAACCCACGUAGCAAGGCUGGACCAGGAUCGCAAAAAGAGUCUCGUCUUUCGCUUAGUAGAUGCGCUUCUUAAUAAAGAGAGUCAAAGGCAACCAGAGGCGACUGACAUUAUGGCCGAAGAAGGGCAAGUGGAUCUUAAAGAGGAAAAGAACAAGCAGAAUACGAACAUUUUUGAAGACGCGACAAAUUGUACUGAAUGGUAAGCGUUUUUCUUGAGUUGAACACCCGCUUUUUUCAAGCACCCACGUGACAGUUCCUGAUCAUGAGUACAAAAGCAAGACCCUAUUCUUACGCUUCAAAGUGGUCACAACUACCUGUGCGCACAAGUUUUCUGUUACUUCUGUGGCAAUCCACUGCUAUGGAUACCCGCAUUUCUCCCGGCUACGCUAACGUUUUAAAAUGACGUCUGACAGGGCAAAUUAAAGUAAAUAUGUGCACAUUAUAACACAAUUUUAUGCUGGUACCCAGGAACUAGUAUCCAGACACCAUGAGUGAUUACACAGCCUAAGGUGACGUGCAUAAAGUGGCUGUUGUUGUGAAAGGUUGAGGGCUUUCCAAUCAGUUCCCAUCCACAGCCUCAUCACCGAAUGCACCUCUUAGCUAGAGUUUUGCACAUCGCCAUCUUGCACCUGAAAGAGUCUUGUAUGAGCGUAUUUUAUUUUGUUUUAUUAUAUUUUUUAGUUUUCCCAGUGAGUUAAUCUUUGCUCAUAUUACUGACAGGAACGGAACGAAAAAUACAGAAAUAAUGGAGGGGAAUGAAGAUCAUAAUACGAAAACAAGAGAAUAUGAUUUAAAUGGUGCUGACAGAGGACAUAGCCGGCGUCGGAGAAGAGGCAUGUCUUUGGCUCCGGAAGAAGUUUGUAAGCUUGGAAUACACAACCUUGGUUACCAAAAUGAAACCUGUGGGCUGGAGAUGAGAACAAUAAACGAAGAAGAAAGUUUG